CACUUUUCACAAGUGCCAUUGUGUUUGAAUUGCUGUGGAUUCAACUUUAGGAUACUGCUUUUUACCCGUUACGCUUUCACGGAUCUCCUCUUAAUUCUCAUUGCUCUGCACCAUGCCUGCCGCACCGAAGCAGAGAAAGAUCGCCAUUGUUGGCAGUCGCUCCGUGGGUAAAUCCUCACUCACGGUCCGCUUUGUCGAGCAUCACUUCGUCGAAAGCUAUUACCCUACCAUUGAGAACACCUUCAGCCGAAUUAUCAAACACAACGGCCAAGACUAUGCGACUGAGAUUGUUGAUACUGCGGGACAGGAUGAAUACAGCAUCUUGAACUCGAAACAUUUCAUUGGAAUCCAUGGAUAUAUUAUUGUCUAUUCAGUCACAUCCCGCCAGUCCUUUGAGAUGGUGCGAGUAAUUCGAGACAAGAUUUUGAACCACUUGGGAGCGGAUGAAGUACCUCUUGUUGUUGUAGGCAACAAGAGUGAUCUUAAGCCCGAACAGCGCCAGGUCUCUCUUGAUGAGGGUCGCCAAUUAGCAGAGGAGGUCAACUGUGCAUUCACCGAGGCCAGUGCUUUCCUUGAUUUCAAUGUGACAAAGGCCUUUGAUCUUAUGAUCGGAGAGGUUGAGAAGACCUCAAAUCCCUCACAACCCACUGGAGGAAACAAAUGUAUCUUGAUGUGAUACUGAAGAUUCCUGUGUUGUCCGGAGAUGGUCAGUGAAGCAGCUUGAAAGCAAUUUGAGUUACUUUUCUCCAUGAUUCGUGGCAUUAUUUUACUGUGCCUGGUUGCAAUUCAACUCUUUACCCAUGUUCUUAUUGGCUGAUUGCUUGAUGCAGGAUUUGUGCUAUUGAUUUUGGUGACUUUGUGGCUCUGUUUGAGCCCCUUGUUUUGGCUGUCUUCCUCUUUUUUGUCUAUGUUUCUGGAAUGGUGGAUUUUUGGGGGAUUUGCAUGAAUAAUGAGCUCAAGGCCUAGGGAACUCGGAUCGGUACCAUGCAUAGAGUAAUGAACUAAAUACUGGCAAUAUCAAGCCCGCAGACUGUAAUCAUUAACAUUCGUUCACUGGAAAUAGAGAC